CUUAGAAGAAAAAGACGUCUACAAAAUCUAAAACUACAUCAUGCUCAGURUGAGGAACGUUUUGAGGCCGCUAACACAAAGAAGUUAAAAAGAGAAAGUCAGAGAACGUUGAGUCUGACUACCAAUAUGAAUUAUUCUGUUCGACUUGCUGAAGUUGAUGAUGGUGGAUUUCAUGAUGCAGACGAUUCAAGCGUUAGUGACCAGAUUUCUGAUCUSGAGUCUUCAGAUAACACAGAUUAUGACGAUAUUGACUAUGUUCCUGACUCAUGUGGCAACUCUUCAGACUCAAAUGUUCAUGAUGAGGAACYAAGAGUGACAGACAGUUCUCCAAAAAAAUUGUUACAUGACAUUUCAGAGGGGAUGGUUACAGCACACGAUGUGGAAAUCACUGAUUCUCAUAGUUCUUCUGUGAUAAGUUGCAGUGCCGAUUCAACAGAGAGUAUUUUGCACAACAGCAGCUCUGUUAAAGUCACAGCAUUACCAAAACGUGGAACAGAGGGCAAAUACAACAAGAAGCAAUAUUGUUUGUGUUGUAAAAAAGCCGUUUCUAAAUUGGCAAGGCAUCUUGAAAGUGCACACAUUAACCAUCCUGAUGUUGCACAGGCAUUCAGUUUUGAUAAAGGAUCCCAMAAAAGAAGAGAGCUGUUACGUUUUCUUAAAAAGAGGGGAAACUUUGAACAUAAUGCUACUGUGGCAGUCCAAGGUGCUGGAGAAUUUGUUGCUUGUCGAAGACCCUCUACUGAAAAACGAUCUGAUCACUAUCGUCAUUGCAAAUUUUGUCAAGGGCUAUAUGCAAAAGAAAGCCUUUGGAGACAUGUGAGAAGGUGCCCCCAGAAGCCUGUUAAAAGAGACUGUCCCGCUGGACAAAAGCGGAUACAAAUUGACUUGCCAAAACCCCAAAAAGUUAAUGAAGCUGUUUGGAAGAUUGCUUGUGAAAUGAUCCAAGACAACAUUUCCAUGGUUGUAAAAAAUGAAAGAGACAUUCUUCACCUUGGUGAGUCACUGUACAAUGGCAGGAAACCGAAUGAAAAAAGGAAUGAUUACAUUCGUCAGAAAAUGAGAGAGUUGGCAAGGUUGUUGAUAGUCGCUAGAGCUAAAACACCUUUGAAUACAAUAGAAGACCUUGUUAUGCCCAGCAACUUUCCUCAUGUGUUACAAGCAGUCAGAGAAGUUGCUGGAUAUGACUUGGAAAGCAACUCCUAUAAAGUCCCAUCCUUGGCUCUAAAAUUGGGGCACAGUUUAGCCAAAGUUGCAGGAAUCGUGCAGUGCAAUGCUAUCAUUUCAAAACGCCAUGAUGUUGCYGAGUCAGCCAAGCAAUUUGCCAUUCUGUAUCAGAAAAAAUGGGCAGAGUCAAUUUCAUCUGCUGCAUUGGGCACGCUUCAUCAAGCCAAAUGGAAUAAACCUCAGCUUUUGCCAUUUACAAAGGA